AGCAUUUAUCACAAGUAGUUUCCAUGGCCUUGAACAGCAGCACCUGAAGCUUCUCUCCCGCCAAAAACCAAUUCCAAUGGCGCACUCAUAUCAAUCUGGAAUCGUUUCCAACUUCCUUCCCAGUUGAAUCGUCCUCAGCUUCCUAAUUAUCGAGCUGAUUUUGAUCUUUGUUCUUCAUUUACUCAAAACCUAACUCCCUCAAUUUCAAUUUUUCUCGAACGAAGAUCAAUGGCGGCACCGGCGGCAGCUAACUUUCUGUCCAUGCGGAAAUUGAUUGGAUUAUUUGGGCUUACGAGCUGUAAUGGUGGCGCAAGGAGGGUGGCGUUGUUGAUAGCCUUUUCUUCGUCGCUUUCAUCAUCAUCUUCAUCAUUGUCUUUUCCUCCAUUACUGGUCAAAGUGAGAAGAGGGAGAGUUUUAAGCAGUGAAGGGUUUAUCAUAAAACGACAACCGCGAUACGAAAACGACAACUUUUUCUUCUCCUCCUUCACUCUACGGUGCUCCAAUUAUGGAACCACUAGUACUAGUACUGAUUUGAAUGACAUUGAUGAUGGUAGAGCUGGAAAGAGAUUCCUUGAAUUGACCGAUCAAGAACUUAUGGGUCAGUGUGAGAUGAGCACUUUCAAGUCGUCAGGGCCUGGAGGCCAGCACCGGAACAAGCGAGAGUCAGCUGUCCGGCUCAAGCACCUUCCCACUGGUAUCAUUGCUCAGGCUGUUGAGGAUCGAUCACAACACAUGAACCGAGCAUCAGCUGUGGCACGCCUUCGUACCCUUUUGGCUCUCAAAGUGAGGAAUACUGUGGAUCUUGAAGCUUAUUCACCUCCUCGAGAGCUGCUUCAAAUUCUUCCGGCAAAGUCCACCAUUAGAGGGUCAGAUUGUGGCUCCCAAAUUGGACCCAAAAAUCCUAAAUUUGUUCUUGGAAUGCAAGCUCUGUUGGAUCUAAUUUUUGCAGUUAAUGGUUCGAUAGCCGAUGCAGCUAAGUAUUUGGGUUUAAGCACAGGGGCACUAUCACGGUUGAUACUAUCAGACGAUUCUCUUCGACUGGCAGUGAAUGAAUUAAGGACAUCCAAGGGCAUGAAGCCUCUGAAGUAAUUUAGUGGUGCCAACAAGCCAACCAAUCCUAUAAUUUGGUUUGAUUGAGCUUAUUCUUUCAUUUGUUUGAUCUAGCCAUUCCAUACUGUGUAUCACUCAUAGCUCAACUAAGUGGUUAGAUGCCAUAAUAUGUUAUCGUCUAGUCAGGUAAGAGCAUCGGCUUGUUGACGACCCAAUUGGGCUUCCUUUUUCUGCUAGAAUGCAGUCUAGUUCUUGUAAUCCUAAUAUUGAAAUGACCAAAGUUGUCUACAAGCAUCUUGAUAUUGAAAAUACAGAAUAAGAAUCUCGUUGUUCAGUAA